AUGUCCGACGAAAUUGUGUGGCAGGUUAUUAACCAGCAAUUCUGUUCCUACAAGCUCAAGACGACGAAAGAUCAAAAUUUCUGUCGCAAUGAAUACAACGUCAGCGGUCUCUGCAACCGCCAGUCCUGUCCGCUAGCCAACUCGCGCUAUGCGACAGUGCGAACCGACCCCGAAACAGGCGUGAUGUACCUGUACAUGAAGACGGUUGAACGCGCCCAUAUGCCGAGCAAAUGGUGGGAGCGGGUACGCCUCUCGUCCAACUACGCCAAGGCCCUGGAACAGCUUGACGAGCGGCUGAUCUACUGGCCCAAGUUCCUGGUUCACAAGUGCAAGCAGCGUCUCACCCGCCUGACGCAGGUCAACAUCCGCAUGAAGAACAUUGCCAAGGAGGAUGAGCGUCUUGGAGAGAAGGUUGUGCCUAAGCUUGCUCCUAAGAUCCGUCGGCGUGAGGAGACCCGUGAGCGCAAGGCUAUGUCUGCUGCUAAGGUUGAGCGGGCUAUUGAGCGUGAGCUUAUUGAGCGUCUGCGCAGUGGUGCUUAUGGUGACCGGCCGCUCAAUGUUGAGGAGGGGAUCUGGAAGAAGGUCCUCCGUGGUCUUGAGCGGGCUGGUGAGGGUGAGCGUGAUCUGGAUAUGGAUGAUGGCGAGAUUGAGGAGGAGGAAGAGGGUGUUGGUGAGGUCGAGUACGUCAGUGAUCUCGACGAGGAGGAGGAUCUUGAGGAUAUGGAGGAUUGGCUGGGCGGCGACUCCGCUGAUUCCAGCGACUACGAUGACGAUGAGGAUGAGAGCGAUGAGGACAGUGAGGAUGAGCCUAGCGAGGAUGAGAAGAAGCCUAAGCCCAGUGCUAAGCGGAAGGCUACUGCUCCCCAGGCGAAGCCUCGCAAGAAGGGUCCUCGCAUUGAGAUUGAGUAUGAGACCGAGGGUGCUGGCAAGGAGCUGGCGUGA